CUACCUGCUGCGCUGCUCCAAAACCCUAGCCCUCCAACCUUCAAAGACGAGGCUGGCCCCUCCCAGUACCAGUCUCAGAAGCAUGGGAAGAUGCCUCAGGGUGAUGUGGAGACUAUCAAGGCCAAGAUCAUUUCCCAUCCUCAGUACCCGAGCUUAUUGGGAGCUUAUAUGGACUGCCAAAAGGUGGGAGCACCACCGGAGGUGAUCGCCCGGCUCUCGGCCAUGGCCCGAGAGCUGGAGGCGUGCCCGGGUUGCCCAAAGGAGGCAUCUGCCGACCCCGAGCUCGACAAGUUCAUGGACGGCUACCGUGACUUGCUAGUUAAGUACCGGGAGGAGCUAGCGAGGCCAUUGCAGGAGGCCACAGACUUCCUAAAGAAUGUGGAGUCACAGUUCAAUGCUCUCACCAACGGCACCUGGGCUCGCUUCUUGUCUACUGAUGAGAAAUGCGAAGGUGUUGGCUUCUCCGAAGAGGACCACGUUGUCAGUGGGGAAGAAGGCGAACACUUGGAGAUUGACCCCCGUGCCAAGGACAAAGAGCUGAAGCGCCACCUUCUGAAGAAGUACAGCGGGUAUUUGAGCAGCCUUAGGCAAGAGCUGUCCAAAAAGAAGAAGAAAGGGAAGCUACCAAAGGAAGCGCGACAGAGAUUACUCAAUUGGUGGGAGCUGCACAACAACUGGCCAUAUCCUUCAGAAAUGGAGAAGGUGGCCUUGGCAGAAUCAACAGGCCUUGAUCCAAAGCAGAUCAACAACUGGUUCAUAAACCAAAGGAAGCGGCAUUGGAAGCCAUCGGAGGACAUGCAAUUUGCCGUAAUGGAUGGAUUCCAUCCACAGAAUGCUUCUGCUGCUGCUCUCUUCAUGGAAGGACAGUUCAUGGGUGACGGCAUGUAUCGUCUUGGCCCGUGACUUUUGCCUGGCACAACCUACUUAGAAUUCCUCCCAGGCGUGGAUGCAAGCCUCUGGAUAUAGCAUUAUCUAUACACACAUAGAUGUAGGAAGAUAUAUCAUUAUUUCUGAAUGGUUAUUAUACCAUAUCAUUAUAAAAGUACUCAGUAAUAUUAAUUGUAGUUUACUUAUAGUCUCAGUUUCAUAAAAGUUGCUAGUGUAACAUGUUCAGUGUUAAUCUUUGGCCUUCAACCCUCUUGAGGUCAUUUGUUCAUAGUGCUAAUCUUUCGGGAUGGGAUGUUUUGUUCG